AUGACUAUGUCUGCCACCCCUACUAUUCAUGUCCUUGGGAUGGGUUCCAUGGGAACUCUGCUCUCUGUUAAUAUGAUCCGCUCUUCCAAUAUUAAUAUUAUCCCAUUAUUUAGGAAUUUAGCUAAAGUUAACAGAUUUAAAGAUGAGGCACAUUCUACCAUUGGAAUGAGAAAAGUUUAUCUAGAAGAUAAACCCUUAACAACCGCAAAAUUGAAUAAUAUCUAUUGCCCAGAGACAUUUCCCAAGAAUGACAUCAUUAAGAAUUUGAUUAUCACUACAAAGACAUAUCAAACAAAGGAUGCUUUGACACCUUAUUUAUCAUAUAUCAAUAAAGACACUAAUCUAAUUAUGGUACAGAACGGACUUGGGGUAUUAGAUGUUUUAAGAGAUGAAAUCUUUACCACCCCCAAUGAAAGACCUAAUUUAUUUCAAGGUGUGAUCGCACAUGGUGCAUUCCAGGAUCAUGAUUUCAUUUUCAAUCAUGCAGGUUUUGCUGAUAUGAAAAUAGCUAGAUUACCUUGGGAUGAACAAGACAUUUUACAAACUAAGAGUUUAGUGGUCAAAGAUGCGACAGAAAACGAAUUGAUUGAAAUAUUUAUGAACGAUGCUGUGAGGGAAUCAUUAGAUAUUCAUCAUAUGACUUAUCAGGAAUUAUUGUUGGGUCAAUUAUUUAAAUUCUUAAUCAAUUCAUGUAUCAAUUCCGUUACAGCCAUUGUUGACUCAGAUAAUGGUGAGAUCGUUGAAAAUUGUAAACCUGUAUUCAGAUCAAUAGUUACAGAAGCUCUAGAAAUAUUGAGAGUUGCAUAUAGCCCAUUAUUCGAAUAUGAAACUAAAUUUAACAACACACCAGAUUACCCAGUUUUAAGCGUAGACAAAACAUUAGAUAUCGAUUAUUUAGUAACCGAGAUUAAUAGAAUUGGUUGUAUCUUAAAUAAACACAAUAGUAGUUCGAUGAGACAAGAUACAAGAUACUUAAGAGAUACUGAAAUCGAUUAUAUUAAUGGUUAUACCGUUCAAAUGGCGGAAAAAUUCCAUCUUGGUGCCGGCUCAGCUAAAGUUAAUAAAACUAUCUGCGAAUUAGUAAAUUUGAGAUUGGGACUAAACAGAAAGAGAGCAGCUGAAGGUGAAUGGAAGUACAAAUAA